AUGCGUGCACCACGAAAACCUACGAGUACGCCGGAAUUCGAGCAAGUCCUUCAACAAAUUCAGGGAAUCAUCAAUAAUGAGCAGCACCGAAAGGAACUGCUCAAAGCAGAUGGUAACGACGCUCAAGAAUGGCUCGACUUAUUCCAACUGCUUGCUGAAUACCCAAACGCUGCCACGAAGCUACGGUCCUGGAUAUUCAAAUUAAUGAUUCGUCUCUCUAGAGCAUCCGGUCUAUAUCCGCAAUGCCUUACAAUUCGGGAUGUAGAGAAGCUGGGUAAUUAUCCGGUUGGAGGAGGCGCGUUUGGGGAUGUAUGGAAAGGAAGAAUUGGGGAACAACUUGUGUGUUUGAAGGUGGCCAGGGCAUUCGAGGCGUCUGAUAUGAAGCAGAUUAUUAAGGAUUAUAUGCAGGAAGCAAUCCUCUGGCGUCAGCUGAACCACCCAAACCUCUUGCCCUUCAUGGGAAUCUAUUACUCGGACACGGAACGGAAACAGCUGUGCCUUGUGUCACCAUGGAUGGAGCGAGGAAACCUCGUCCAGUUCUUGAAGAACACUGCCCCCAAUCUUGUCGAUCAUGAUCUACUGGCAUAUGAUGUUGCCUGUGGUCUGACGUAUUUACACGAGAAGAAUAUCGUCCAUGGCGACCUGAAAGGAGUCAACAUACUGAUUACUCCUGAUCUAAGAGCAUGCAUUGGAGACUUCGGUUUAUCGCGCGUAUCUGCCACUCAAAUAUUGCUUUCAGAGACGAGUCGUUCGAAGGGAACAACGCGAUGGCUUGCACCCGAAAUACUGAGGCCUGGUCCAAACUGCUUCCCUUCUAAGCAGAGCGACGUCUAUGCUUACGCUUGCGUGUGCUAUGAAAUUUUCACAGAACGGAUUCCCUUCUAUGAAUUGGCUGAGGCAGCAAUUGUCUUUGCGGUCUUGAUAGACAAACAGCAUCCUUCACGUCCUGAGAGCUGUGAGAAACUGCGGGGCCCGAUGUGGGAUAUGAUGGUGACAUGCUGGAACGAAGCGCCAUUUUCUCGACCGACCAUGGCGGAUGUUCAGGCUCGUAUGCGCGGAAUGAAUGCGGAUCGUCGAUUGGAACUGGCUUCCAGUUGGAAUGACCCUACCUUCACGCAGAUAUGGAACGACAUAGAGCGUCCGCCAGUUACUCAUAUUCUUGAAACCACUCCACUGCAAGGUCCAGCUGCAAAUGUUCACUCUCGUGGACAGGCCGUGUACUGGCAAUCGCAUGCUGGUCGUCCUACCUCGGAUCAGCCCCUGUUGUACAGAGAGAUUUCGUACGUAAACAGGCCUGGUUCCGAAAGACAUGUUACAGGAACUUCUCCUUCAGUGCCAAGCGCGCCCGACUUCAAUAGUGGGCUAUUCGUACCGCUGGAAAACGCUCUCAACAACUUUGAGCAGGACUCUGGGCAACGGUUCGAUGUCCAAAAUAUCUGUGGUCAAGAUGGGAUGCAGGUAGAAGGGGGACUCCGAGGAAUGGGAGGAACGACACCACCUCAGUGA